AUGGCUACUAAACAAGCACUGUGUGUUGGAGGUACAUCAGGUAUCGGAAGAGCAUUGGCAAUUAAAUUUGCCUCUCAAAAAUUCAAUGUUUCAAUUAUGGGAAGAAGUGAAGAAGCAGGAAAGGAAAUUAUUGAAGAAAUGAAAAAAUUGAAUCCAGAAGGAAAGUUUGAAAUGAUCAAAGUGGAUGCCUCUCUCAUGAAGGAUAUUGAAAAAGUGUGUGAGGAAUAUAAACAAAAUCAUGAUCGAUUGGAUUAUUGUGUUCUCUCACAGGGAAUUGCAAGUAUGAAUGGAAGAACAGAAACAAAGGAAGGAAUUGAUGUUAAAUUGGCACUUCAUUAUUAUGGAAGAGUUAUGUUUGUGAGACAAUUGCAAGAUUUAUUGAGAUUGACAUCAAAGAAUUCAGAUGUGAGAGUCUUGACUGUUUUAUCAGCUGGUGUUCAUUCACCUUACACUAAAUUGGAUGAUUUGGAUUUGAAACACAAUUUUACAUUGAAGAAUGCAGCAGAUGCAGCUGGAUUUUACAAUGAUCUAGCCAUGGAUCAAUUAUCCAAAGAGGAAGGCAAUCAAAAUAUUGCAUUCAUUCAUCAAGCUCCUGGAUUCAUUGCCACACAAUGGGGACGUGAAAUGCCAGCUGUCGUGAGAUGGACCACACGUUUCUUCCAAAACUUUGCCAGAUCUCCAGAACAAUGUGCCGACAAUAUUUACAAGGGAUUAAGUUCAGAAUCGACACGGAAGGGUUUCCAUUUAUUGGAUGAACAUGGAGAGCCAGCAAAAGUGACAAAGAGUCAUAGCGAUAGUAUCAGAGAAACAGUUUGGAAACACACUGUGGAAUUGUUAAAUAAGGCCCUUGGAAAAUAG